CCCAGAAUGGAGAAGAUGGUGAUGAAGGUUUUGAUUAUGUUUGUCCUUGGAACGAACUACUGGUUCCACUACUGUGCAGGUUUUCCCGUAUAUGACUAUGACCCGUCUUCCUUGAAGGAAGCUGUCAGCGCCUCCGUGGCAAAAGUGAAUUCCCAGUCGCUGAGCCCCUAUCUGUUUCGGGCAUUCAGAAGCUCAAUUAGAAGAGUCAACAUCCUGGAUGAGGACAGCUUGACCAUGGACAUAGAGUUUGGCAUCCGAGAGACAACGUGCAGGAGGGGUUCUGGGGAAGACCCCGCCACCUGUGACUUCCAGAGGGGCUACUACAUGCCAGCAGCUGUUUGCAGAAGCACCGUGCGGGUGUCUGCUGAGCAGGUGCAGGACGUGUGGGUUCGCUGCCACUGGUCCUCCAGCUCCGAGUCUAACAGCAGUGAAGAGAUGGUUUUGGGGGAUAUCUUGGGAUCCUCUACAUCAAGAAACAAUUAUCUGCUUGGUCUCACUCCUGACAUAUCAAGAAGUGAGCCAUUUUAUGAACGGUCACUUAAGAUCAUGAGAAGGGGCUUUCCUCCCGGAAAUAGAAGGAACCUGAACCUGUGGCCCAGAGCAAGAAUAAACACUGGCUUUGAGUGA